CAGAAACAACUUCCUCUACUCUCCAUGUGUAUACAUGCAGUAUAGGAACUGAAUUUGUAGUUUAAUUUAUGUAUUCAUGUGAUCGGUAGCUGCCUAGUAGAGGGACAUUUAUGGGGUCUCUUGCUUACCUCGCCCUGGUAGCAAUCCUGUUUCCUCAGCCUAGGUACUGUGUGCUACUUUAUGCUAACCCACUUGAAACUAAAGUCGUGAAGUUUAAUAAAUUAAUGUUUUUGUUCACCUGGGAUUGAGCAGAUAGUUACUAAGUGGCACUGCUAAGUGUCACACCCUCUUGUCGGUACUGAGAAUUUGGUGGCGCACAAAAGGAAGGGGACUCAUGUGUGGGGUAAACACCCCUGAUCAGCAGAUGGUCACGCAAGUAAAUGGUUAAUUUGUAUCUUAUGUUUUUAUAAUAAUCACUUUAGAUUCCCACUCUGCAGGGACGUGGGAUAAGGUAAGCUGGGGUAUCAGAGAACUAGAUGAAAGAUUGCCAUUAUUUAAAGCAGAAUAUUAGGAUGGGGGAUCUCUUUGCUCUUUGUUCAUUUACGGAGAUGGAUGUGACUUUCUGAUGAUGGCUGCCCCUGUCCUUCCCAUUGUUCAUUUUCAGCAGGGACACCAUCAAAGAAAGUAGCUUAUGAGAAAAGCUGUUGAAAGAAGGCAAGGCAUUCAGGCCUUCCUCGAAGUACAAGGGGGAAAGCAGCUGUCACCUCAAGACUUCAUGCCCCCGGUAGGCAUGGUGGAAUUACUAAUCCUUACCAGUAGCCAUCGUUGGCCGUUCCCAGCUCUCCCUAAACUAGGUCUUCUUGCCAGCCUGUGCUCAGGGCACGGUGCCCUUCUUACUGUUGCUUCUGCUGGCUUUGUUCCCGGCAGCCAUUCUGGGACUGCUCAAGUUGUCAAGGAAGCCAGAGCUUCAUGUACAAAUUUCUUCACUCUCAGAGAAAAGACCCGCAUGGGUGUCAAACCCUACUUGAACCCUUCCUUGGGCAGGUGGGGUGGUAGCGCAGUAGGUGAAGUGAUUGCUGUGUGUAUGCGGAGACUGGAGAUUGGCUUCCAAGCACCUGUGUAAAAGUAGGACCUGCUAUGCCCCAGUGCUGGUGAGGCAGACAUAGCCGGAGCCCUGGAGCUCACUGGCUAGCCGAAUCUGUGAGCUGUGGGUUCCGUUAGAUCAUGCAUUUUAUCUUUCUGGACCUGGCUUAUUUUACACAACCCAGUUCUAGCAAUGUUGUUUCCAGAUAAAAUGACUUCUUUCUUUCUUAAAGCUGUAUGGCAGUCCAGCCACCUUUUCUGCAUCCACUCAUCAGUUGGUGGGUACUUUGGCUGUUUUCAUUUUCUGGCUCUUAGGGAGUGGCUUCGAUCUUUAAUCCCAGCACUUGGGAGGCAGAGGCAGGCGGAUUUCUGAGUUUGAGGCCAGCCUGGUCUACAAAGUGAGUUCCAGGACAGCCAGGGCUAUACAGAAAAACCCUGUCUCUAAAAAACAAAAAACAAAAAACAAACCCCGCCUCCCCCCAAAAAAGGAGUGGCCUCGUAAUAAACAUGGGGGUCACGUCUCCCAUACAGAUCUUACUUUCUCUGGCUAUGUGCCCAGGAGUGGGGUUUCUGGGUGAUAGGUUAGCUCUGAUUUUAAUGUUUUAAGGAAUCUCUAUUCUGUCUUGCAUAGUGACUAUGUUAAUUUGAGGUGACACCGACAUCAUACAAGGGUUUUGUUUCCUCCACAUCCUUGCCAACUCGUGUCAUCUUUUAGACAGUCAUGCUGAUGAGUUCGGAGCACACAUACGUCUUGACUGCCUGCUGCUCCGUAUCUCUCAUGUGGGCCUGGCAUGGUCAGGCACUCAAAAAAUAGUUGUCGAGGGAAGGAAACCUUUCCUGUGUCUCAGUCUGAGCCUGGGUCAAGAUGAAGCAUGCUCCAUGCUACAAAGAUCGGAUUUAUGCUUUGAAAUGAGGCGAAUAUCCACACAGCUCCUCCUGCCUCUCUGUGCCUUCUGUCUCCCUAGCUACAUGCAACAUAGCUUACUGAGUAACCACCUUGGAGAUUGGCUAUGCGGCCACAAAACAAAACAAAACAAAACGGGGGAGUUAGAAAAUACCGAAAUCAGACUAUCACUAGAUAGUAAUACUGCAUCAGGUUACCAAGUCUCCUGAUUUCUCUAUUUUCUUGCCUCCCCUAUUUCAGAAGCUAUAAGACUUAUAUAGCUAUAAGAGUCCCUUUAUUAUGCAUUUGAAACCAUCUAGGCCUUUGCUUCGUUGAGAUAAGUAUAUUACCCCGAUAUUGAGAUCAGACUUCUGAUGUGGAAAUUGCCUCCAAAGAUAAGUCAGGUUAUUAAAUUAGCACUCUCUGAAUCCCUGCCCUUGCAGACUUCCCAUUUCCACAAGGACAUUUAGCUCAUGUACAAGAACACUGGAGAUGCUGCCUGCUGUCCACCAUGGUGUUUAAAGCUCUCAGUCUCUUUCUUUUUGCUCUACCUGUUGUACAGAAUCUCAAAUUGGCAUUUAGGCUUAGCUAGAUGUGGACCAUUUUUUGACCUAUGGUCAUAGACACAUAUAUGGGUCAGGGAUCCUAAACAUACUAUGUCACACGUGUGUUGAUGGUGAUGAAUGGGGUUCCACCAAGCUUAAGGCUGACUCUUAAUCUCUGGCCAGAAUUCCAACCUGGCUUUAUGUAAGGUUUUUUGUUUUUUGUUUUUUGUUUUUUUUUCCUGCUGUUUGAGUACAAAUAAGCUUUCAUGGCAAGUGCCCAGACAAUGUGAGAAUUUGGAUAAUUCUUCAAAUUGUAAUGAAAGAAAACCCACUGGACAGAGGAGAGGAAAGCAAGGACAGCUGCUACCACCUCUACCUGCUCGAGAGGUCCUGAAGAGCACACUGUGUGUGUGUGUGUGUGUGUGUGUGUGUGUGUGUGUGUGUGAAUAAAACCUCACACUGAGCAUGCUCAACUCAGCAAGCUCAGGAAAGCCACCCCUAUACACAUAUGUAUAGAUCCCUUGACUAGAACCCUCCUGUCUUCUGAGUUCCAGAGCACUCCCUACUGGUAGGAAUGGCUGCAGGGAGUAAAGCGUGUCCUGCUCUUCUGUCUUGGCCAUGCUUAGCUUUGUUGUGUGCUUAUCAACACGGGAGCCCACUGGGUUUAGUUCCAAUAGUAAACACAUUGGAGAGAGGCUUCAAACGAUGAUGCUUGUCUCAAAAAAAGGCCUCAGCCAGGGACUAACUUGAUCCAGACAUUGAAUACCGUGCCUUCAAGACUUCAAGUCUGUUGGACUCUUUGAGGCUGAAAUCCAGUGGAGAGUGACUAUCUGUUGGCAGUGAGCAAGCUACAUCAUAUGCUGUUUGGAAGCAGCUUGUCUUAGAGUCCAGAUCAAUAGUUACUUCUGCAUCCAGUCUUUCUCUGUGUCUAAUCAACUCAAGUCUGAAGACAGUCAUUGGACUUGGCAUGCUAUAUGUAGCCUGCUCUAAGUAUUAAAAGUUUGUAGAUGGGUGUAAGACGGCUCGGUAGAUAAAGUCACUUGCCACCAAGGCACUGACGACCUUAGUUCAAUGGUGCAAAGGGAGAACUGUUUCCUAUUGUCUUCUGACCUCCACGGGUGACUACAGAGGUCACCCACGCAGAUACAAAUAAAUAAAUGGAUAACACCUGUGAACGAUUUUUUUAUAAAGCCGACAUUGUAGGUGCUGGUUGCAUACCAGGUGUUUCUUCAGCAGACAAGUUACAGUGUUCAAGAAAAACAGAAAGCAAAACUUCUGACUCAGCACUAAUGCUGGCCACAGGCUUUAGCCACCAGGACCAGUGUCAUCAGUGGUUGCCAGGCCUUCCCUGCGGGUUUAUGAAUAAGACCCAUCUUUAGGUUUUUAUUCUCAGAACCACUUUGUACGGGGUUUCUGAGUUAGACCUGGUUUUAUACAAUGGAGCAGUCCCGUGCCAGUGUCUUCUGUGCACAUUCGUAUUGCGUGUUGCUCUGUUGCUGGGGAGUAGUGUAUCAGUAAAGGAGUCUGAGCCUGGAGUUUUCCCUGUGGGAGUACCCUACCUUAUCAGCAUCAACAUGCGUAGAUUCCAUUUCUCCCUGUCAGUUCCAGGAAUUCAUCUUGCAAGGAAUAUAUCUCUUUCAUAUAAACUGGGGUUUCUUGGCAUACACUGCGUACCAGUUAAGAAUACGUCAUUAUCAUCUGUUUUCCAUUUGUAGAGUUUAGGGAUCAUCUUCUCUUUGCUGAUACUGAUAGUCUUUAUCUUUUCUUUACUUUUUUUUUUUUCUUAAUAAAAGAACAAUCAAGCCCAUGACUGUUCCCAACAUGAUCUUGGAGUUAGAGCUUGUCAGCCCAGCACCAGCCUUCUCUGCCCAUGGGGCUGUUUGAGAUUGGAGGGGGCCCUGUGUGGCAGCUUGAGACUCCAAGUUAGAGAGAUAUCUGAGAAAACAACAUGAGUGAGAGGUGGGGGAAGACACCUUUGCUUUGGCUCAAAGUUUCCACUCAUGGUCACCUUGCCCUGGUAUGCUCUGGCCUGUAAUAAGGCAGAGUAUCAUGGUAGAAGUCGUGGAACAACGCUCUUACCUUCAAGGUGGUCCUGAGGCCAACGGAGAAAGAGGUCCAGAGAAGAUAAAAACCCAACGACAUCCUUAAUGACCUACUCCUUCCUAAGUUUCCAGCGUGCUUCCAAACCCCACCAUCAAUGGGGAUCCAGACUUCAACGUAUGAGUCUGCCAAGGGCAUUUCAUAUCCAAACCAUCAUUCUUUUACUGCCUAAGUCAUCUUUUUCUCUUUCUGCAUUUGCAGAUCUUCGUUCGUGUGUGUGUGUGUGUGUGCGUGUGUGUGUGUCUUCUGGCUUUAUCUUGGUGCUGCUUACUCUCCCAUGACUGUUCUGCCAGUCUCCAUUGACCUUGUAACACCUGCAUGUAGGUGACACAGAGGUUGACUGCGCUUUAUUGAGUGUGAUCAUCCCAGCAUCCUUAGAAUUGGUAUUUAAGUGGUACAGUUAGUCUACACUUUGACUUCCCCUGUGUGGUGCCUGUGUCUUUAUAGUUACAGUGUAUUUCCUGUGGACUGUGGAUGUGUGUAGUGUCUGUGACAUUAUGGUUACAGUGUAUUUCCUGUGGACUGUGGAUGCAGCUGAUGUCUGUGUUUUAUAGUUACAGUGUGUUUCCCGUGGGUGAUAGAUGUGUGUGCUGCCUGUGACUUUACAGUUACAUUGUAUUUCCCAUGGGUGGUAGAUGUAGCUGGUAUCUGUGUUUUAUAGUGACAGUGUGUUUCCUGCUGAUGGUAGCUGUGUGUGGUGCCUGGGUCUUUCUAGUUAGAGUGUGUUUCCUGUGGGUGGUGGAUAUGUGCAAACUCUAGUUGCCCACUAUUUCCUCUUCACAUUUCCCCCCAUCUUUUCUGGCCUUCUUUUUGGAUUCUUGAAAAAAAUAUAUUUUUUAAAUCCUUUUUUGUUUUUGUCUUGUCUUUCAUGAUACAUCUCUUUGUUCAGUGCUUUUAUACUUUACACUACCAGACUUUAACUCUCCAUAACAUUUUCACUGACUGUGUAAGGCCCUGAUGCCUUUGUGAUUUUGCUUUCUCCAUCCUGAACUGCUGGCUGCCAUUGCCACACAAUGCACUUGCAGCAUCCGUCACACGCUGUAUGAUAAUAUUGUUGCUAUUCUUGUUUUAAGUCACUCUUAAGAGAAAUAAAAAGCAAGAAAACAGUUUCUUUUUGUGUUCCCUCUCCACCCCCCCCCCCCAAAAAAAGCUUUGAUUCUCUGGUUUUAUUCCAAGUUUCCAUUGAGUAUCAUUUUGCCAGAACUUAAAUCCUCUCCAACACUUCUUAAAGGGCAGAGUGGCUGCCUGUGCGUCCUCUGUGUUCCUGGGUAUGUCUAAGACAUUAUUUAUCCCGUUUUUAUUUUCCAAGAAAAUACUCUACUGGAUAUAGAAUUAGAAGCUAAGUAUUUUUUUUUUCUUUCAGCCCUCUAGAGAUGCCCUUUUCCUGCCUUUGGCUGUAGCUUCUUCUGAUGUUGCUUUAUGCUCCCUCUUUCCUAGUCCUUAUGGACGUAGCUUCUCUGUCUCUACUCUGUUGCUUCUGGUAUUUGUUCUUGAUUUGCUUUUCCGUGAGGGUAUCAUGGCACGAGACUUUGGUUUUCUUUUCCUUGUCUUUUCUUGGAGUUCACCAAAUUUCUUCAAGCUAUGAUUUAUCAUUUCCAACAGAUUUGGGGUGGGGGAUUUCAACCGCUAUUUUUUAAAAUUGGUUUCCUUCCCUAUCUAGGACUCCAUUAACUGGUCUGUUAGAUUACUCUUUGUCCCACAGGUCACCGGGAAACUCUUCAAUUCCUGCACCCCCUUCCCUAACCUUGUCUGUUCCAGUUUUUUUUUUUUUCAUAUUGUUUAGUCUUCAAAUUUAUUGGACUCUUGUUUUGUGACUAGUCAUGGACUGAUAAGCCUGCCCAAUAUAUUCUUCAUUUCAGACACAUCUUUCAUCUCCAGAGAGUCUCAAGGUUCCUGUCUUCCAUCUGUCCCUUCAUGUGUUUCCUUUUAGGCGUUUUCGUAAUCUGAGCAUGUUUACACUUGGGCUUCCAUUUGCUGGUGUGUGAGGUCCUCCAUCCAGCUGUGUCUAAAUCCCUGUGCCCGUCCUUCCUUUCUUUCCUUGUAUGGGAGUUACGUUGGCUUGAAUGCUGGGCUUGUGUUCGUCUUGUUGCUGUUUAGUGCAAGAUAAGUGAAGGUUUUGUCUUAUUUCCAUUAAAAUGUUUAGGGCAGACCUAGAGUAGCCUUUCAGAAAUGACUGAGCUUCACCAAAGUAGACUUCUGAGGUCGUGACCUAAAAGCCCCAGUCUCUCUGACAAAGACUUUCUAUUCCAACUGGACAAGGCUCACAUGUCAGCCAGGCAAAGGGGACUUGGGGAUUGUUUAACUUAUAGAAACUCAUUUGUUUUUUGUCAGACUCCAUAAAGUUGACCCUGAACACCGUGACCUGAUAUUCAGCCUCAAACCCAAGGAAAUGCCUUGUGGAUUCUUGAGCUCUUUGUCUGCCUCCCUCCUUCCUGUCUGGCACUUGGUGCUUUCCCUCGCAGAUUCUUUCUGCCUGAGCCUCCCAGAAUGCCAUUCUGUGCCCCCAGCUGGAGGAGACCACAGUGCUCUUGAGUUUGGUCUCCCUCUGCAGUCGGAGCCUCCUGUCAGACAGAGAGAGAGCUGGGAUUAACUCCCAGAAAGCCCUGCUUGGUCCCUCGUCUUUGGACCGUAUCCGAUACUUCCUGUGUCUAAUAUCUGUAAACAGUUUCUUAGACUUAAUCUGGUUUCCUACUUGUUUAUAGUUGAAGGGACAAUCUCAUCAGUUUAUGAGGACAUGCUAAGAGUCUUCUAGACAUUAAGGCACCCUUGGAGACUCUCUACAGAAUAGUGCAGGAGAUUACUGCGUGCAGGAUCAGCUGAAGUGUUCAGAUUGAACCCAGGACUGUGGAGGCACGUCCCAGACAGAAAAUCCAUUCCUCGCUGCCGACGAAUCAACAGGAUGCUCUCCAAUGAAUCCCUGCAUCCUCCCUCCUUUAGUCGCUCCAACUCUCAAGCCUCAGUAGACAGCAGCGCAUCCAUGGAGGAGUUCCUGCGGGAAAUUGAGAGUAUCAAAGAGAGCAGCGUGGGGGCGUCGCAGGAGCAGCCACCCACUGCUGCUGCUGCUGCUGCUGAAGUCAAGCCAGUGGAUGAAGGAGAGCUUGAAGCGGAGUGGCUACAAGAUGUGGGAUUGUCAACUCUGAUCUCUGGCAACGAAGAGGAAGACGGUAAAGCGCUCCUGUCUACAUUGACUCGGACCCAAGCUGCUGCAGUGAAAAAGAGAUACAACACAUAUACUCAGACUCUGAGGAAAAAGAAUAAACAACCCGUCAGGGAUGUCAGAGACAUCUUCGGAGUCAGCGAAUCUCCUCCUAGUGAUUCUUGUGAGCAUGCUACUCAGUUGGACGGUACCAAGGAAGAAAAAGAUCUGCCAGGAGUUACCAAGACAAGCAGACCUCUGCCAGACGAUGCUUCUCUCAGUAGUACCACCCUAUCCAAUGGCGCCCAGGAUGAAGAAGGUGGUUUUGUGGCCCUACAGAGUGGUUCUGUGUCAAUACUUGAGGCUAUCCCGGAUAUUGCUGUUCACACCAAUGGAUCUGCAGAUGCUGAGCAGUCGGUUCAGAGCACAUUGAGUGAUGAUGAUUAUCACGGGAAGAACGUUCCAGCAGAGGCUGAAGAGCUGUCCUUUGAGGUCUCUUACUCAGAAAUGGUGACAGAAAUGCCUGAUAGAAAUAAAUGGAAGAAGUCGGACAUUAAGAAAGAAGACUAUGUCUUAACUAAAUUUAUCAUUCAGAAAACAAGAUUUGGGUUGACCGAGACGGGGGACCUGUCUGUGGAAGACAUGAAGAAAAUCCGCCACCUCUCUCUGAUUGAGCUGACAGCCUUCUUCGAUGCUUUUGGGAUACAACUGAAGAGAAACAAAACCGAGCGAGUGAGAGGCCGAGACAACGGGAUUUUCGGAGUGCCACUUACAGUCCUCCUGGACAAUGACCGGAAGAAGGACCCUGCAGUGAAAGUUCCCCUGGUGUUACAAAAAUUUUUUCAGAAAGUCGAGGAAUCAGGUCUGGAAUCGGAAGGAAUUUUUCGACUCUCGGGAUGUACUGCCAAAGUCAAGCAGUACCGCGAAGAACUGGAUGCCAGGUUCAAUGCUGACAAGUUCAAGUGGGACAAGAUGUGUCACAGAGAAGCUGCGGUCAUGUUGAAAGCAUUCUUCAGAGAGCUGCCCACCUCUCUCUUCCCUGUUGAAUAUAUACCCGCCUUCAUCUCUCUGAUGGAAAGAGGACCUGACAUCAAAGUGCAGUUUCAAGCCUUGCACCUCAUGGUCAUGGCCCUGCCUGAUGCCAACAGGGACACAGCGCAGGCUCUGAUGGCAUUCUUCAAUAAAGUGAUCGCCAACGAAUCCAAGAACCGCAUGAACCUGUGGAACAUUUCCACAGUGAUGGCGCCCAACUUGUUCUUCAGCAGAAGCAAGCACUCUGACUGCGAGGAACUGCUGCUGGCCAACACGGCGACCCACAUCAUCCGCCUGAUGCUGAAGUACCAGAAGAUUCUGUGGAAGGUUCCAUCUUUCUUGAUCACCCAGGUCAGAAGGAUGAAUGAGGCCACCAUGCUGUUGAAGAAGCAGCUCCCGAGUAUGAAGAAGCUGCUCAGGAGGAAGACCCUGGAUCGAGAGGUUUCAAUCCUCAAGACCUCAAAGGUACCACAAAAAUCACCUUCCUCAAGAAGAAUGUCUGAUGUGCCAGAAGGUGUCAUAAGGGUCCACGCUCCACUUCUGUCCAAAGUGUCCAUGGCCAUUCAGCUCAACAGUCAGACCAAAGCCAAAGAUAUCCUGGCGAAAUUUCAGUAUGAGAACAGUCAUGGUUCAUCUGAACAUAUUAAGAUGCAGAACCAAAGGUUAUAUGAAGUUGGAGGAAAUAUAGGACAACACUGUUUAGAUCCUGAUGCAUAUAUAUUGGAUGUGUAUCAUAUAAAUCCUCAUGCAGAAUGGGUCAUCAAGCCCUAGACAAGUCUUUAAAAAUAUGCCCAGGAUGGUUCCUGCCCUGUAUUAUAUGUGAGAAGAUCCUGCAUUUGUGGGGGAAAAAAACAAAAAACUGCCCUGAAGUAUUUGCUCCUGUAAUCCUGGUCCUCCUGGAGAGGCGCUGUGGCCAGCUCUGGCAAUAUGAACGACAGAGGAGGGGCUGGUUUCAUACUGGGCUCAGCCUCUUAGCACAGUUCCUCAUGAGACGGUGGGACCCAAAGGAAAGGGCAGCGUUGCUCAUUGAGAAGCACUGUGGCUGGGAAGAAGCUGCAGUUCUGAGGUGAAACAUACAAUAUUUAUGCUCUGACUUGCUCCUGGGUUGGAGGAGGAGGGCCUUCAGUCUAAAGAUCUCUGUGGACCACGUCGCUCUGUGCGGCACACUUUGAGGACUGGCUCACACCAUGGUGUGAGGGAGCUUUCCCUGGGCCCUGAGUACUCAGAUGCUACGUUAUGACUCCAUGGGCCGUGGACACAGAUCCUCAUUGCCAAGCCCUGUUUGGCAAAGGGCAUCUUGUGCGCAUCCAGAGCUUCCCUGUGGCCAUGACACAGCCAUGGUGUCUUCCGUUUCUCCUCUCAGUUUUGGUGCUCAGUGAAUAAAUUGCCUUUCUGGAGUCAGCAUGGAUUUCCUUUACAGAUCAAACACAUUUUUUUUUUUAACAUUUCACAAUGAUAGUCACGUCCGCAGCCCCAAACCAAAAGAUACAGAAGUGGCAUUCAUCCGUAAGUGCUGAAAUGUGCCACUAGGCCGAGGAUUUGCAAGUUGUAAAAGUUCAUUGUGCUCUUUGAUCAUUAACCAGAGAUGUGGCCAAGCAUUGCAGAUUGGCACUGGGCUUGUGGAAGCUGGAGACUGCUUCUUGUCUUAUGUCCACAUCUUGUCCAACCAUUGUCUAGACGUGCGGUGGGAGACAUUCAGUCCUCGUGGUUCUAACGGGAACAAAUCUAAAAUGUCCCGAGGGACAGGAGAGCUCUACCUUUCAUCUCAGAGAUUGUAGUUAGAGCCCUCAUUCAUCCGGGACUCCGUGCCUCAUCGUGGACGCCACAGGCUGCACAUCUGAUGGACUUACCAGCAGUUGCAACAUUUAAGACUCGUGCGGCUGUGUGUCAGUUCAAACAAAGCCGGAUUACAGAUGCGGAAGAACUGUUCCUUACCUGUGGAGCCCGUGUCCAGAUGUAAUGCAAGGACACUGUAGCUGCAUGUGCAGAAGAGGUCCCCCUGUGCUGUGUUAUCCUCAUACUGAAACAAAGCAUCCUUCACUCCCACAGUCAGAUCAUCUUAUUGUGGAAGGAGCCAGGCACUCUUGACAUCUGACGGGCAGAUCAUCUUAUUUCUGACCUUCAUUCAGGAGUUUGUUGCACUUUUCUAGAAACCCUCCCCCCCCCAAAAAAAAAACCAGUUUGUUUGACCUAUUUAUGAAUUUCUAUUUUCUCCCGUUUAAGAACCCACU